AUGGCCAUGGCCAUGGGCUCCUGGGACCUUCACCAGCCCCAGGAGGCACGCCAAGCCACACCCAGGGCUCUCAGGACUUUCGCCAACUCUGGUGCUCUCACUCUGGAGCAUGCCCAUGCCUUCCCCGUCUUGUUCCCCGGGCGUGUAUAUUCUUCCUUUCUUUCUUCUAAGUUCCAGGGGCCCUUCUUCUGCUCUGUGUCUCCUGGUCACCUUAGGGAAAAGUACAGCUCGUGUGCUACAGUAUUUGUAGACAGCACUAUUUCUCAGUCUGAUUUGAAAAUCACCUUGCAGUGCCUGGCACUAGCAAUAUAUUACCACAUAAAAAGAGAUGCAAAUAGAUCCAAGGACAUUUUUUAUGAGAGACUCCAUCCUGUCACAGAAGAAAAGUUUCCUGAGGAAUUCUUUCAUCAUAAUCCUGAUCCCGAAUCAAUUUACAGAUUUAUUCGACCUUUCUUCAUUGCCUUUAAGGCAACAGGAGGAUAUGCCAUAACAACAUUGGUUUACAUAGAAAGACUUUUAUCUUAUGCUGAAAUCGACAUUUGCCCAUCUAACUGGAAACGCAUUGUUUUGGGAGCGAUUAUUCUGACAUACAAGUAUCUGCACGAUGAGGCUAUGUGGAAUUUUCACUUCUUCUCAUUGCUAAGGGGCAUUACAAUCAAGAACUUAAAUGAGUUGGAAAGGCAAUACCUAUGUCUACUGCGGUUCCGUCUGUAUGUUUCUACCAGUGUCUAUGCCCAAUACUAUUUUGACCUUCGGUCCUUAGCAAGUGACCAUGGAUUGUUGCCUAUUGCAUUGACUCCUCUUCGAAAAGAAAGAGCACUGAACCUAGAGGCCAUUGCCAGAUAUUGUGAAAACAAAAACCUGUGCAGGGUGGCCAUAAAAAAAUCUGGCAGCUGUGCUAACCUUACUGAUGUGCAGCGUGCCCAUGCCAUCUUAUCUUAA